CUGGACCUGCAUCAGCUUCCCGGCGACAAGCCCGUGUUUGCGUGCGCAAAGUGUUCAGAGGUUCUGGCACUCCAGGACGAGCUCGUAUCGCAGGCAUUCACCGGCCGCUCGGGCCGUGCGUACCUCAUGAACUCGACUAUCAACACGAAUCUGGGCAAGCGGGAGGAACGCAAACUCAUAACCGGAAGACACACGGUCGCGGAUCUCCACUGUGCUUCGUGCGAUGCCGAAGUCGGGUGGAUGUACAUCAAGGCGCCCACCGGCGACCAGAGGUACAAGGAGGGU